AUGACACUCUAUGCCAUUAAUCAUUCUCAAUUCGAGUUUGCUUGUUUGGUCAGAGUUAAAAUGGGUUUCAGUUUGAUUUCUUUCGCAAUCAGCACUGCUUUUUGGGGAGCUAUAGGAAUUAUUGGACCUUUUUGUGUCCCGAGAAGUAGGAACAGAUCGAUAAUAAGACUUUGCUUGAUACUGACAGCAAUAUGUUGCUGGUUAUUCUGGCUCUGCUCCUAUGUGGUGCAAAUGAACCCUCUUCUGGGCCCCAAAAUGUAUAAAGAAAAAUUCUUGAUUAUGGCUAAGAAUUGGGGCAGUUAUUCUGGGGUUUAGUUUCAUCUGUUGAAUGAAAUAUUUGAGAUAAGAAAUAAGAUUGAAUCUCGGAUGAUUAAAUACCAAUACAUACAUUUUGGAAUGGUUGUAAUUUAUGCAAUAAAAUUUUGUUGUUCUGA